AUGCGAGAGUGAUAUUCGAUUUGACAAAAUGCGUCACGGAUUUUGUUACGAAGAUGGCAGAGGAAAGACAUCGACAUAUAGUUUCAUUGAACCUUUCGGCCGCUGCCAGUUUCCCAUUAGAGGGGAAAACACCAUUUAGAGUUGAAGUCAGAAACAUCACAUACGGAGACAAUGUCCACACCAAGAGGUCCGAUAAAACUACCAACUAUUCUGAAUAUUUCAAGAAUGAAGAUUACAGCAGACCUGAACAGAAAACUUACAGGAGCCAUAUUCGUAGGCCAUUAGCUGCCAUUUGGAAAUUACGUUCUGUCUUCCAGAGCGAAUUUGCUCUAGGAAUAAAUACCAAACCUCCGAAGGUGUAUAAAGGUUCUCAAGAGGAAGUGUACAAAUUCGAUCUCAACGAUACACUGAUGCUGGAACGGAAGGGAUUCACGUACCUCGUCAGGAACAAAACGUUCAAGGUACCACCCAGAAAAAAAACGGAAGUGACUCUUACAGUUCGAGACGAAACGAAGAUGCGAUCAUUCGGGGCCAGUAUCGUCUUGAAGGGCUAUUUCGGCGUCAAAAUAUGGCCGAGGGGAGACGAACCGAGUUCCUGGAUUAUCUGCGUCACCGAACUUCCCUGUGAACACCUGACCAAAACAGCCGAUGACGAGAUGACAUUUCUAGUUAAUGGCACUUUCGAGGAACGCUAUCCGGUCUCAAGAAUCACGCUGAAGACGCACGACUUGGUGGAGAGCGAAGAGGAGAUUGAGGUUCCCCCGAUAUUUUCACGAAAACAAAGAGUUUUAUGAAAUGCCGCUACAGUAAUGUGUCACAUAGCAAAAUGAGAAACUUAAUUUAGGAUAACGAGACUGUGUUGACCAUUUGUACCCUUGUUCAUAAAUAAAUGCGUCGAAACAGCA